AGUCUCUGCAUUACCAGCGAGGCGGGAGAGAGGCGGGGCGCGGGAGGCUGUGACACCAAGAGGUGCAUCACUAACGGAAUCACGGUUUACCAGCCAGCCGGUAAUUAGUGAUGUCAGUUUGUUAGAGCGUGAGGACAACGGAGAGGAGCGGCCAGUGGAAGAGAGAGUGGCGUGGAGCCACCGGGGUAGUGGCGCGUGAGGAGGCGAUGACAAAGCCUUUACCGCUGCAGCGCGACCUAACCGGAUAACAUCACCUACACACACCGGAGAAUCUUUUUUCUCCUAGUUUUACCGAGCCUGCGCUCUCUGGGCCAGUGCUACUGGAUUACCGAGUUACCGCGCUAAACUAGCGAUGGUCUCUAUCUUGGCGACACCCAGAGAAGGGUGUAUGAGGCGGGAGAUAUGAGGGUCCACUGCGCCCACUCUGGAUUAUAACGUCACCAUCUAGCUGCUUUAAGGUUAUCGCUUCUCUUGGCUCUUUCACUCGCUUCUCUUGGCUCUUUCACUGGAUCUCUGUUGCCUUCCUUUACCCAUGUAGGUUAGUUCGAGGUCUGUCGUCUUUCUAUGGAGCUUUCUCUAUGUAAGUGCCAUUAUCUCCCGGUAUCUGCUGCUCUCUAGGCUACUGUGUGUCUGCUGCACCCAACCUGUAGAGAGAGGGAGAGUUGAGGGAGAAAAGAGAGAGUUGGGGGAGAGAGAGGAAGUGGGGGGAAAGAUCGAGCAAAUUGGGGGAAGAGAGAAAGGCAAAGAGAGAGAGAGACCUGCAGGUUAUUUAUCUGUUGGAGCUACAGUCUGCCGCCAGGGGCUCUGAUGAGUGAAGCCCUGAAAAGGAGCUGUCUGACCAGGGAGAACUAGGCUGUCCUCCUCCCUGUCUGUCUGUCUACCGGAGAACACUGGGACAGUAGUGCCUGUGGACCCGAUGCUGUGUGCACCUGAUGGUCGGCGUACCCGUUGUUUCCUCUCGCUGGUGGGAGAGGCUCAAGACGUUGUGUCCAAAGCGCGCUAGGAGGAUGCUGCGCCAGGUGUUGCAGGCAGGCCUGAGGAGCUCGUUCCAGGCUCUGGGUCGGUUCGUGGCGAGCCACCCAGUCUUCUUUGCCUCCGCCCCCGUACUGGUGUCUGUCCUGCUGGGGGCCAGCUUCAGUCGGUACAGAGUGGAAGGUAACGUGGAGUCCCUCCUGGUUCCUAAACACAGUCUGGCGAAGAUAGAAGGAAACCUGGUGGACUCACUGUUUCCUGUCAACAGAUCUAAACACACCCUGUACUCUGACCUGCAGACUCCAGGUCGUUACGGUCGUGUUAUAGUCACCUCUAGGAGAGGCAGCAUCCUGGACCCUCUACACACAGACCUGGUACUCAAGCUCCAUCGUGCUGUCGUUCAGCUCCAGGUUCCAGUGUUGGGGUUCAACUACUCUUUCUCCCACCUCUGUCUUCUCGACGACAAGAAUACCUGCAUCAUCGAUGACAUCAUCCGAUCCCUGGAGGACAGCCAAUCAGCUCGCUUCGCUAACCGUUCUUCCCUUCCUCUGCGCUACCCAAUCACACGUCUGGCUGACGGGCGGAUGGCCUACAUUGGUCACCAGUUAGGAGGGGUGCAGGCGUGGGGGGCGGGGCCUGCAGUACAGGGCCCAGGGGGUGUGUCUGGUCGAGGCCAAGGAGUCCGGAGCGCUAGGGCUCUGCAGCUGACCUACUACCUGCAGGCUCGCGGCGCCCUGACGGACAGGGUGGCUAGCCAAUGGGAGCAGGCGUUCUGUGGCGAGCUGGGCCGGUUUGGGGCGGGACACCCUGAACUGAGCUUAUACCCCUUCACUUCAUCCUCUCUAAGGACAGACUUCCAGGCGUCGUCCGUGCUGGCUCGGCGCCCCCUGCUGGCCAGUGUAUGUGUGUGUUUGGUGUUAGCCGUGGGCUGUUGUUCGAUGAGGGACUGUGUGAGAGCUAAACCCUGGCUAGGGCUUUUGGCUCUGCUGUCUAUCGCCCUCUCUGGUCUCACUGCUGCUGGCAUCCUUAACCUGACUGGAACCACUUACAACUCAACCUACCUGGGGGUACCAUUCAUACUGCUGGGUCACGGACUGUUUGGCACAUUCGAGAUGCUAUCGUCAUGGAGAAGGACACGUGAGGACCAACAUGUUAAGGAGCGUGUAGCUAGCGUAUUCUCUGAUGUCAUGCUGCGUUACUCAGGAGCUACACUGCUACAUCAGGUGUCUCUGGGUCUGGCUGCGUCUCCUCUGACCAACCUGGAGGCUGUCCGGCUGUUCUGUCGCUGCGCUGCAUUGGGCGUAACCGUUGGUUACCUUUACACCUUGUCCUUCUACGCCACCUGUCUGGUUGCCACAGGUUACCUGGAGACAGGGUACAGACACGGGUGUUUCUGCCGCCGUGUCCCCAAGAAGGGAGCGCUGGACACCAAGCCACGCUGGUACCGCUGUCUCAUGUACACACGCUACCAGGAUGAGACACACUCACAAACUCACUCACACACACCCAACUCUACACACACACACACACCUAAUGCUGCGCACGCCUACACACAUACAGAAAAUCCUGCACACACACACGCUCACACACACACUCCCAACACUACACACACACAUGAUCAUACACCUAACACUACACACGCUCACACACACACUCCCAACACUACACACGUACAUGCUCACACACACGUUCCAAAUACACACACCCCGACCACCAUCUCUGAACUGCGACCCCAGGACUCACACUUGUUGCUAGGCUGCGUGCAGCGUUGCUAUGGAGACUGGAUCACCAACACCUAUGUGAAGCCCUUCAUGGUUCUGCUCUACCUCGUUUACAUCUCCUUUGGCCUGAUGGGCUUCCUACAGGUGAGCCAGGGCUCGGAGCCCAGUUCUCUGGUUGCUCUGGAUACAGGGACGUCCUUGUAUGCUCGCGCCCAGCAGCGCUACUUCUCCUCCUACACUCCUGUGAUUGGCUUCUAUGUCUAUGAGAGCGCCCCCUAUUGGAACACCUCGGUACAGCGAGACCUGCUGGAGUACGCUGAAGGGUUCCAGCGAAUCAGCUGGCUGGAAAGCUACCUGGAUUACCUGAGAGAACGGAACCUCACCACUACCAGCCAAUCACGUGAUAGCUUUACGCGGAUGCUCCGCCUCUCCUUCCUUCGCCAGCCGCAAUUCGCUCAUUUUGCCGAUGACAUCAUCUUCGCUGAGCGCGAUGAAGGGGAGGAGCCAGAGAUGGCAGCAUCACGUGUCUUCCUGGUUGCCAAGACAACAGAGAACAAGAGGGAGGAGAUGUCCGUCCUAUUGGACACACUGAGACGUCUGUCUCUGACAUCACGCGUCCGCUUUCUCAUCUUCAACCCCUCCUUCGUCUACUUGGACAGGUAUGCUACAGCGGUGAGCUCUCCUCUGCGCCACUCCCUGAUGGCGGUGUUGUUCCUGCUGGGUCUGUCGUCUCUAGCGGUGGUGGAGCCCCUAGUGGCAGUGUGGCUCAGUCUCACCCUCCUCUCUGUCCAGUUUGGUGUUCUGGGCUUCAUGACUCUGUGGGGCGUGGAGCUCGACUGCGUGUCUGUGUUAUGUCUGAUUUCAGCACUGGGUCACUCUGCAGACUGCUGUGGUCCUCUACUGGCCACCUUCUCCUCUGGCCGGGGGGACAGCCGGACCGUGUGGGUCAGACUGGCGUUGGAGAGACAUGGCGUCCCCUCUCUACAGACGUUGAUCUGCUACACUGCAGCGCUGCUCCCUCUGGCCGCCGUACACUCCAACCUUACCCGCUCGCUGUUCCGUUGCCUAGUGCUGACGGCGUUCUGUUCAGCGCUACAUGCCUUGGCCUUCCUGCCCACGCUGCUCACCUUCCUGCCACCCGCCAAGAAGACAGGAAGUAGACAGGGAGACAGGGGGGAAGGGGAGGGGCUUAGAGAGGAAGUGGAGUGUGUGGAGAUGGUUGACAGCACCAGGGUGGUCGACCAGAUCACCACCGUCUGACCAACAGGAUGUGAUGUCACAGGUUUUGAUGGGGUCACUGAGGAUAUGUUACCAUGGCUACUGGCCUCUGUUGGCUGACACCUCACAGGGUGUAGCCAAUCAGAGCAAGGAAUCAACAUGUUGCGUUUUCACAUAGAGAGAGAGGAAGAAAUGUAGGAAGAGAGAGAGAAAGAAAGUGAGAGGUAGAGAGGAAGAGAGAGAGAGAGAAAGAGAGAGAGAAAGUGAGAGGUAGAGAGGAAGAGAGAGAAAGAGAAAGAGAAAGAGAGAGAAAGAGAGGGUGAGAGAGAAAGAAAGUGGAAGGGAGAAAAAGUCUGAGGUAGAGAGAAAGAGAGUGAGACAGAGAGGGUGGAGUAAGAUAGAGAGAAAAUGGAGAGGUGCUUUGUUUCCAUGGUUACUCUCUUCUUGCCUCUUGUUGCAGUGUCAUACAGUUAUCAGGACAUGCCCCCCCCCCCCCCGCCCCCAUUUUUUGCAGUCUGUAUCUACUGCAGACUGGAUCUACUGAACACUGGUUCUACUGCAGACUGGAUCUACUGCAGUCUGGAUCAACCACAGUCUGGAUCUACUGAACACUGGAUCUACUGCAGUUUGGAUCUACUGCAGUUUGGAUCUACUGCAGACUGGAUCUACUGCAGACUGGAUCUACUGCAGACUGGAUCUACUGGAGUUUGGAUCUACUGCAGUCUGGAUCUACUGCAGUCUGUAUCUACUGCAGACUGGAUCUACUGCAGUUUGGAUCUACUGCAGUUUGGAUCUACUGCAGUUUGGAUCUACUGCAGACUGGAUCUACUGCAGACUGGAUCUACUGCAGACUGGAUCUACUGCAGACUGGAUCAACCACAGUCUGGAUCUACUGAACACUGGAUCUACUGAACACUGGAUCAACCACAGUCUGGAUCUACUGAACACUGGAUCUACUGAACACUGGAUCAACCACAGUCUGGAUCUACUGAACACUGGAUCAACCACAGUCUGGAUCUACUGAACACUGGAUCUACUGAACACUGGAUCCACUACAGUCUGGAUCUACUGAACACUGGAUCUACUGAACACUGGUUCAACUGCAGACUGGAUCUACUACAGUCUGGAUCUACUGAACACUGGAUCUACUGAACACUGGGUCUACUGAACACUGGGUCUAUUGCAGACUGGAUCUACUGCAGACUGGAUCUACUGAACACUGGAUCUACUGAACACUGGAUCUACUGAACACUGGAUCUACUGAACACUGGUUCUACUGCAAACUGGAUCUACUGCAGAAUGGAUCUACUGAACACUGGAUCUACUGAACACUGGAUCUACUGAACACUGGAUCUACUGAACACUGGAUCUACUGAACACUGGUUCUACUGCAGACUGGAUCUACUGCAGACUGGAUCUACUGCAGUCUGGAUCUACUGCAGACUGGAUCUACUGAACACUGGAUCUACUGAACACUGGAUCUACUGCAGUCUGGAUCUACUGCAGACUGGAUCUACUGCAGAAUGGAUCUACUAUGGUCUCACAGAGACUUUGACGUCAAUAAGAGUUUCCUGUAUCAAGGGAGGAAAGGUUUUAGUGAUGUCAGAAACCCUUCAUGAACUAUUGUCCAAUCAGAGACUUCUAACCCUGUAUGAGAGGGAUGUCAGUCAGUUGUCAUAGUAACUAAUGACCUGUGGAACACUGUGUAUGUUACAUUCACCGGGGAAUCAUCUGUUUAUCCCAAACUCCCAAAAAUACCGUAUCACAGGUAAAAGAGGACCAGUGAUACCGUAUAGAGCUCCAGAGUGGAGGUGUCAUAAUACCCAUAAAACCUGGUGGUCAAACAGGGAAAUGGUUCCAAUAGUUUUUCCACCAUUCAUUUUUCUCAUAGGGAAUUUAGAAGCACUUAUAAUGAGGGCUAUGUUUCAUGUAGGCUUACCCUGGCGUGACGUUUUGAUCACCGUGUAAAGACAAGGGGACUUUAAGCAAUAUAUUAGGCUCCAUUUACUCUCAGAUUCAAAUAAAAUGCUAAUCAGCGUCAAAGAUGCACGUCAUCUCUAGCGGACACAUUUGCUAACAGGUAUUGUGUCAAUUUAAAACUUAUACAAGAUCGUUCACAGAAUUGUCCAUUUAAAGAAAUAUAUCCAAUGUAUUCAUUACUACAUUUAGCCAACAUUAGAUAUUUAACCCAGAGAUUCGUACCUUUGCCUCGAUUCGGCAGUCUCAUCCAGAUCAUCUUGGCCUUUGUAGUUCUUUAUGAUAGCCACAUUAGCAGCUAAUAAGCAUUUCAUUUUUUUUUUGGGGGGGGGGGGGUUAAUAUAUUAAUAAAAGUCACCUUGUCCUAGAGAGAUCAGUUCAGACAAAGUCCCUCCAGGGUGGGCCUGCACCGCCCUUUAAGAGUUUCUGAAUCCCCUAUGGGGAAAACUACUGGAACCAUUUCUCUGUUUGACUUGUAGGUUUUAUGGGGGUUAUGACUUAUACUGUGGUUCUCUAUCAUUAAGCAGUAAGGCACGAGGGGAUGUGGUGUAUGGCCAAUAUGCCACGGCUAAGGGCUGUUCUUAUCCACGACGCAUUGCGGAGGCAUAGACACAGCCCUUAGCCGUGGUAUAUCUUCCAUAUACCACAAGCUGCCUUAUUGCUAUUAUAAACUGGCUACCAACAUAGUUAGAGCAGUAAAAAUACAUGUUUUGUCAUACCUGUGGUAUACGGUCUGAUAUACCACGGCUGUCAGCCAAUCAGCAUUCAGGGCUCGAACCACCCAGCUUAUUACAGGUAAUAAAGGACCAGUGAUACCGAAUUACAGGUAAUAGAGGAGCAGUAAUACCGAAUUACAGGUAAUAGAGGAGCAGUGAUACCGUAUUACAGGUAAUAGAGGACCAUUGAUACCGAAUUACAGGUAAUAGAGGAGCAGUAAUACCGAAUUACAGGUAAUAGAGGAGCAGUGAUACCGUAUUACAGGUAAUAGAGGAGCAGUAAUACCGUAUUACAGGUAAUAGAGGACCAUUGAUACCGAAUUACAGGUAAUAGAGGAGCAGUAAUACCGAAUUACAGGUAAUAGAGGAGCAGUAAUACCGAAUUACAGGUAAUAGAGGAGCAGUAAUACCGUAUUACAGGUAAUAGAGGACCAUUGAUACCGUAUUACAGGUAAAAGAGGAGCAGUGUACCAUAUUACAGGUAAUAGAGGAGCAGUGAUACCGUAUUACAGGUAACAGAGGACCAGUGAUACCGUAUUACAGGUAAUAGAGGAGCAGUGCUGUACUGUAUGUAUUACAGCUAACAGAGGAGCAGUGAUACUGUGUUACAGGUAAUAGAGGACCAGUUAUAGCAUAUUACAGGUAACAGAGGAGUAGUGAUACCAUAUUACAGGUAAUAGAGGAGCAGUGAUAAUAUUACCAAUAAUAGAAGAGCAGUGAUAGUAUUACACAUGAUGGAGGAUCAGUGAAACUCUGUUACAGAUAAUAGAGGAGCAGUGAUACAGUAUUACAGAUAAUAGAGGAGCAGUGAUACAGUAUUACAGAUCAUAGAGGAGCAGUGAUGUACGGCAUGUAUUACAGAUAUUAGAGGAGCAGUGAUGCCGUGUUACAGUUAAUAGAAGAGCAGUCAUAGUAUUACAGAUAAUAGAGGAGCAGUGAUAAUGUGUUAGAGGUAAUAGAGGAGCAGUGAUACAGUAUUACAGGUAAUAGAGGAGCAGUGAUGUACGGCAUAUAUUACAGGUAAUAGAGGAGCAGUGAUACCAUAUUACAGGUAAUGGAAGAGCGGUGAUACUGUAUUACAGAUAAUAGAGGAGCAGUGAUACCAUAUUACAGAUAAUAGAAGAGCAGUGAUAGUAUUACAGGUAAUAGAAGAGCAGUGAUACAGUAUUACAGAUAAUAGAGGAGCAGUGAUACAGUAUUACAGAUAAUAGAGGAGCAGUGAUACCGUAUUACAGGUAAUAGAGGAGCAGUGAUACCGUAUUACAGGUAACAGAGGACCAGUGAUACUGUAUUACAGGUAAUAGAGGAGCAGUGCUGUACUGUAUGUAUUACAGCUAACAGAGGAGGUGUUACGAUUGUCUAUUUCGUCCUCCUCAUCGGACGAGGAGAGGCGAGAAGGAUCGGACCAAUAUGCAGAGUGGUAAGUGCUCAUGAUGAUUUAUUAAAACUGAAUUACAGUUAAUAGAAGAGCAGUGAUAGUAUUACAGGUAAUAGAGGAGCAGUGAUAGUAUUACAGGUAAUAGAGGAGCAGUGAUACAGUAUUACAGGUAAUAGAAGAGCAGUGAUAGUAUUACAGGUAAUAGAGGAGCAGUGCUGUACUGUAUGUAUUACAGCUAACAGAGGAGCAGUGAUACCGUAUUACAGAUAAUAGAGGAGCAGUGAUACUGUGUUACAGGUAAUAGAAGAGCAGUGAUAGUAUUACAGGUAAUAGAGGAGCAGUGAUAGUAUUACAGGUAAUAGAGGAGCAGUGAUAGUAUUACAGGUAAUAGAGGAGCAGUGAUAGUAUUACAGGUAAUAGAGGAGCAGUGAUACCGUAUUACAGGUAAUAGAGGAGCAGUGAUGUACGGCAUGUAUUACAAAUAAUAGAGGAGCAGUGAUAGUAUUACAGGUAAUAGAGGAGCAGUGAUACAGUAUUACAGGUAAUAGAGGAGCAGUGAUGUACGGCAUGUAUUGCAAAUAAUAGAGGAGCAGUGAUGCCGUAUUACAGGUAAUAGAGGAGCAGUGAUGUACGGCAUGUAUUACAAAUAAUAGAGGACCAGUGAUAGUAUUACAGGUAAUAGAGGAGCAGUGAUGUACGGCAUGUAUUACAAAUAAUAGAGGAGCAGUGAUAGUAUUACAGAUAAUAGAGGAGUAGUGAUACAGUAUUACAGGUAAUAGAGGAGCAGUGAUACCAUAUUACAGGUAAUAGAGGAGCAGUGAUGUACGGCAUGUAUUACAGAUAAUAGAGGAGCAGUGAUGCCGUAUUACAGAUAAUAGAGGAGCAGUGAUACAGUAUUACAGGUAAUAGAGGAGCAGUGAUGUACGGCAUGUAUUACAAAUAAUAGAGGACCAGUGAUAGUAUUACAGGUAAUAGAGGCGCAGUGAUGUACGGCAUGUAUUACAAAUAAUAGAGGAGCAGUGAUAGUAUUACAGAUAAUAGAGGAGUAGUGAUACAGUAUUACAGGUAAUAGAGGAGCAGUGAUACCAUAUUACAGGUAAUAGAGGAGCAGUGAUGUACGGCAUGUAUUACAGAUAAUAGAGGAGCAGUGAUGCCGUAUUACAGAUAAUAGAGGAGCAGUGAUACAGUAUUACAGGUAAUAGAGGAGCAGUGAUGUACGGCAUGUAUUACAAAUAAUAGAGGACCAGUGAUAGUAUUACAGGUAAUAGAGGAGCAGUGAUGUACGGCAUGUAUUACAAAUAAUAGAGGAGCAGUGAUAGUAUUACAGAUAAUAGAGGAGUAGUGAUACAGUAUUACAGGUAAUAGAGGAGCAGUGAUACCAUAUUACAGGUAAUAGAGGAGCAGUGAUGUACGGCAUGUAUUACAGAUAAUAGAGGAGCAGUGAUGCUGUAUUACAGAUAAUAGAGGAGCAGUGAUACAGUAUUACAGGUAAUAGAGGAGCAGUGAUGCCGUAUUACAGUUAAUAGAAGAGCAGUGAUAGUAUUACAGGUAAUAGAGGAGCAGUGCUGUACGGUAUGUAUUACAGCUGACAGAGGAGCAGUGCUACCAUAUUACAGGUAAUAGAGGAGCUGCUGCAGAGCUAAUAAUUAUGAUUAUGGAGUCAAAAAUAUUCGAAAUACUUUACAGACUUACAGCAACAACAGGAAAAUCUGUACUCAGAAAUCAGACUAAUGAAUAAAAUGAAAUGUUUUUGAAUCCUAAAUCGCCCCUUAGCCCCUGUUUAAUAGGCCUAUGCACUCCAGUAUUCCAGUGCAGUACUGUAUAUCACCCUAUUCUUUACAUAGUGCACUACUUUUGGCCUGAACUCUGGAUUAGGGACUUCUACAGGGAUCUGUCUUGUGUUCUGUUGAUGUUUCUGUUGGCUAGAAGAAUAAAGACACACAUGUUUCUGGG